CCUAUUAUUCAUUUCACGUCUCUAUUAGCCCAUUACAAAUGAAAUAAGCUGCCUGAUUAAACACUUUAACUACCGUUUUACCUGAGGAUGAUAAAUUAUGAAAGCAAAGUUAAAUACCUUAAUGAAGGAGAAGUUGAAAACUUUAAACAAAGAAGGCAAAUGUUAACCGUGGAGCCAAAAAGGGCAGGGCAGAUGAGAAGUAGUUGUAAAUAAAUCCUAAUAAUAAAUAAGUUUUUCAUUUCCAUUUCCAUUUCAUUUAUUCAUAAACUACCUCGUCUUUUCUUUCUCCGUCCAGAUGAAAAUCAACAAUCUUUUCCUGAAAAUAGAUAAACUUAUCCCAGAAGAUACCAUCAACCAAAGUCAAACGAAAAACCCCUCAAAAAUUCAUUAUUCUUCUUCUUGAUCAUUCUCAAUGAAUUUCCAGAUUAAUGAUCUGAUCACUAUUAUUUAUUAACCCUAACAGUUUGAAAUGUUGGCAUAAUCAGAUCUUUCUCUUCAUUGAAUCUGAUCACGGUCAUCUAAUAGGGAUUGGACAAGAAGGUGGAAGAAGAAAUUUAUUCAAAUGCAAAUGCAUUAAAUCAUUGGGAUAUUGGUAAGAGCUUCUAUUUUCUUUCACUAAAUCAUAUCUUGGCUUACAUCUGUGUCUACCAUAUAGAUUGCAAUCCCAUAUUCCGUGUUUACGCCUAAUUUGAAUUCGAUAAUAGUACUAAAAUGUGUGAUGAACGCAACGAGAGCUCAAAUCCUAAAGAACAUGAGCUAGAGGUUAGAUUAUAUAUCAGGUGUAGGGGAUUCUGAUAGGAUGGAAUGCAAUUCUGAAGAUGGUGGUUUCGUCUUUGGAGCUAAUUGGAGUAGUAGUCCGGGUACAUCCUUGAAUUCUAGGAAGAGUAGUGGUGAUUUCGGGGCAAAUGUUGGGACAUUGUUCCCAGAGGAUUUGAGGAAGUUGCAUAGCAUUUUUCCUUAUCUAGGUAAAAGUAUUAACAGUGAGAAAAGUUAUGGUGUAGAUGGAAAGCCAGUUUUUAGUAAUCUCCAAAAUGAAGUAGGGAAGUUGAACACAGCAGAGACCUAUAGGGUAGGUGAUGAUGCUGAGAAGACUGGGAAAGAAUCCGAUGCUACCAAGACUUUCAGCAGCUCCGGUCAUAAUGCUAAUUUUGUCUUUGGAGGCACUACAAGUAAAGUCAUUGCUUUUGGUGAAAAUGAAGAAAAGACUAGAAAGCUACCAGAUAAGAUAAAAGAGCUGAACAUAGACGAUGCCAAUGCAGAGACUGGUGGUGCAGCUGAGAAGAUUAUAAGACCUACUUUUCAUGACAAUGACAAGAAACCAGGAUUCGUCUUUGGAGGAAGUAUUAAGAAUGAAGGCUCUGGCAAUGGUGAUGGAUUGGAGAAAAACUACAACUCUAGCAUUAAAUUUGGUGAGAACAGUAGUCAUGCUCUUGGAGCUAAUCACAGCAGUGCUGGUUCUUUUGGCAGAUCCACAGAAAGUAAGUUGGCAACCCCUGAAGAGCUAACGAAAGUGCCGAAUGUGAAAAAUGGGGUUGGAGAUUCUGGUUAUUUGCCUGAUAAAGAAAGCAGAUUUCCGUUUUCUGGAAUUCUAACGAAGGAUACAUCGCAUGGUAUAUCUAAUCCUACUCUUAUUGGGCCAGGUAAAAACUUGGAAUUUAGUACAAAAGUGGGGUCAUCUAAGAAGAAUGUUAGUUCAAAGAAGAAGGGUAGAGGAGGAAAGGUUAUGCCACUGAUGGCCCCCGUCCAACAGUGGGGCAUAAAGCACAGUUUCUCAAAUGAAAACAGUUUGCAAGAUACCCCUCUGUCACCUGGUAUGGGAUUUUGUCAUUCGCCUGUGAGAUGUACUCCUUUUGAAGAUAUAUCAGCAGCAACGUCUCGCUAUCAGUUUUCAGGGUUAGGUUCUGUGCGGUCAGAUAAGUACUUCAAUCUUGAUGGCAGUUGUGUAUCAUCAUCAACAAAUGCAAAUCCUUCACAGAGCUUGAAUAUGAAAGAAGAUAUUACCGAACACAGAGAAGUGGACGAGGAAGAGUUCAGGAAUCAUGUUGAGAGGCAGCAUUCUUCACGAAGUUCUUUGGAAGAGUUUGAAUCUGCAGCAGAAUCUGAAGAUGGUGGUUUGGGGUCAUCAAGAGCUGACAAGUUUGUUGUUAACAAUGAUUCCACUUCUGCUAGUUCAGAAACUGAAACUGGUAUAGCUUCGAAUUUAGAGGCACAAGCAAGCGAAGGAAGGCAAGGGCCCUUUCUAGCUUCUCGUUUAGAGGGUGUUGGUAAUGCCAACUUUACCUUCGCUGCUUCAAAUUCUACGCAAGAGCAAUUAUCAGUGAUGAAGCGCCAAUUUAGUAGAAAGAAAAGUCAAACAAAGAUGGGUAGCGGUCAAGAUUCAUAUUAUAAUACUUCAAUUGCGCCAAUUCAGCUCCCGUUUCCUUCAGUUCCUAUUUCUGGAGUUGGUAAUGGUUCUUUUCCACUGGGUCCGGAGCUGGCUCAGAAGGGGCAUUUGCCUAUUACUCCAAGCACAGAAGAUACUACAAGUCAAGCUGGUAAAUUAAUAGUCAACCAAGGAGGUUUUGUCUCCACAGUUUCUGCAAUCGCAGCUACCAAAGAGGCCUGUGAGAAGUGGCGGCUCAGGGGAAACAAGGCUUAUGCAAAUGGUGAUCUAUCGAAAGCUGAGGACUACUAUACACGUGGGGUGAACUGUAUUUCUACAAGCGAGACCUCUGAAAGCUUGCUUAAGGCUUUGGCAAUGUGCUAUAGCAACCGUGCAGCAGCAAGAAUGUCUUCAGGAAGAAUGAGAGAAGCACUGGGAGACUAUACAAUGGCUUCUAUUUUAAACCCCAGCUUUCUUAAAGUUCUUGUUAGAGCUGCAAAUUGUCAUCUUGCAUUGGGUGAAACUGAAGAUGCAUUGAAGUAUUUUAAGAGGUGCCUGCACUCAGGAGCUGAAGUAUCUCUGGACCAAAAAGUUAUGACCGAAGCUUCUAAUGGACUAGAGAAAACCCAGCAAGUUGAAGAGUUGAUAGGGUCUUGUGCCGAUCUUUUGCAACGGAGAACACCCAGUGAUGCGGAACAUGUACUGCAGCAAAUAUCCGAGGCUUUGCCAAUAAGUCCCUACUCAGAAAAAUUGUUUGAAAUGAAGGGGGAGGCCUUAUUCAUGUUGAGAAAGUAUGAAGAAGUGGUCCAGAUGUGUGAGCAAUCUCUGAGUUCUGCGGAGGUCAAUUGUGCUUCAGUAAGUGCUGAUAGUAAGUUAAAAAAUUUGGGUCAUGCCAAAGCAAAUAAGACCUCUCCUGCAAGGCUAUGGCGGUGGCGCUUGAUUUCACUAUCAUAUUUUUAUCUUGGACGGCUUGAAGAAUCACUCGAAUAUCUUGAGAAGCUAGAGCUAGCAGGAUCUGCUGCAGAGGAGUUUGAGAGCAAGACUAUGGAUUCAUCAAAUUCAUUACUUCCAAUUGUGCGUGAGCUAUUAAGCCACAAGGCUGCAGGAAAUGAAGCAUUUCAAUCAGGAAAGCAUUCAGAAGCAAUUGAACAUUAUACUUCUGCUUUAUCAUGCAACAUUGAGUCACGUCCCUUUGGUGCAAUAUGUUUUUGCAAUAGGGCUGCUGCAUACAAAGCUUUAGGUCAAAUUCCUGAUGCAAUAACUGAUUGCACUCUAGCAAUAGCUCUCGAAGGGAGUUACUCUAAGGCAAUAUCAAGAAAAGCUGCACUACAUGAGAUGAUUAGAGAUUAUGGGCAAGCGGCUAAGGAUCUUCAAAGGCUUAUUUCUGUCCUUGAAAAGCAAGCGGAUGAUAAUCGUAAUCGAUCUAGGACUCUAGCCAGACCAGUUAGUCCUGUGAAUGAUCUAACAGAAGCUCGUCUGCAACUUUCCUCCAUAGAGGAAGAAGCCAAAAAAGCAGUCCCCUUAGAUAUGUAUCUCAUCUUAGGAGUUGAACCAUCUGCCACAGCUUCAGAUAUUAAGAAGGCCUAUCGGAAAGCAGCACUUAAACACCAUCCGGACAAGGCUGGGCAAUUCUUAGCAAGGAGUGAGAAUGGAGAUGAUGCACUUUGGAAAGAUAUUGCUGAAGAAGUCUACAAGGAUGCUGACAGGCUUUUUAAGAUGAUUGGAGAGGCUUAUGCCGUACUUUCAGACCCUACCAAGCGCUCACGUUACGAUCUAGAUGAAACUAGGUUUUCCCAAAAGAGAGGCAAUGGAAGCAGUAGUAAUUUAAGAACGCCUUCUUCUUCAACAGAUGUUCACAGUUACCCAUUUGAAAGAAGUUGCAGUAGUAGGAGACAGUGGCAAGAGAUGCGAAGAAAAUGAUUGUAUCAUAAAUGUGAGAAGCUGAACAACAAUGAGCAUAUUUAUCCGAGUAUCGUCAUUCCUUAUUGUACAGACUGCAACGACAGUAACAAGUGAAAUGCGCUGAACUGUGUAUGUCAAAAGGUAUGCAGGUUGAGAGUGGUAGUGUUCUGACUCAGGUAUUACGAACCUUGUAAAGGGUUUUGUCUGCGUCCUUGAAACAAAACUUGCUUAUACCACAGAAACGAGCAGCAUUAUGUUUGAACGAGUGUUUAUAGCAUCAGAUUGGAAGCAAGAUUUGAAACUGGUUACCCUUGGAAUGUUCAGAAGAAGUUUUGUUUUGUUCUUCGGUUUUGUUUUGUGGUUCUUUCCAAGUUUUUGUAUUUUAUGCAUUUGUACAUAUACUGUUAUGAGUUUGAGUUUUACAGUGAAAGAGUGAAAGUGAGAAUGCCUUGAUGUAUGUAUUCAUAUAUACAUGUUUGUCCCAUUUGUAAAUGUUCCCUCUGUAUGCGUAACUAUAUUCAAAUAUAUGCUUUAUAGAGUGUUAAAUUUUGUGACAUAA